AUGUGUGAAUUUCCUGAUGCUGGUAUUUCUUUUUUGGAAUGCCUGUGUAAAAUAUGAACCUCUUUUCAGCUCAUUACGUGUGAAUCAGGAGAGGUUGUUGCAUGGCAAACAAUGCUACAAAGCAGGUAGCUACUUCACUGCCAGGGUUGUGGGAAAUUCGUUGUAUAAUACUAAUUUUUUAAUAAAUUGGUUCAUUCUAAAUAUAUUUUAGCUUUUUGGCUAUGAAUAAAGCACUAAACUACUCUGAGGACUAAAUUUUUCAAAAUUAUUUUAGAGCAUUGAAAAAAUUGCUAUCCUGUCUUCCACUGAGUUAAUCAAACUCAUACUAUAGGAACACAUUCUGUGAGCUUGGUGAGCUGAUAAUGUGAAAUCUUCCCAAAAUCUAGCAUGUAAAGCUGUGAGGCUCUCACUCCCUGACUGCGUGCGUACCGCCUCCUGGAGGAGUGUAGCCUCCUGCCUGCUCCUACCAGGCUCUCUUCUGCUUGUGCUUAGUGCAUGAGUGGGAGGCUACCACUGCCAUCACAUUCUAUGAUGAUGUGCCUCUUGGGAACACUUCUGUGUUUCUGAAGGGCUCAGCUCGUGUCUGAGUACCCAGCUGCAACUACUACAUUUGCCAGAUGCUUGGGAGCAGGUAGAUGAAAUCUGCCUCUUCUCAUCAGCGCAUCCCACAUUACCUUCCCCCGUCCACUACCCAUACCAUGUCCACCAACACCACCAACAUUGUUGCUGCUGCUGCAUCACAUUUGACACCAUCCUGGCCCCCUCCCUCAUUCCCCGCACGCUGAUGGCUGCUAAAUGCCGUUACUUCGAAGCUCUGAGCCCUGACCUGAGAGGUCAUGGGUUCUCAGAGUUCAUGAACGUCACGGCCCUUCAACUCGAACGCCGGACACUCCAGACUGGCUCUGGAACAAAGAUCUGCACCAUUGACUUGGCAGCUGAGGCUGUUACAUGCUCACGUAGUUGCCUCCAUGCCUGCAAACCUCCUGCGGAGAUGAAGUCUUCCAGACACAUGAUUCAUCACACAAAACACAUACAUUUUAAUACAUUUUAAUAUCCAAAUGCAGUUGAACAGAAUUCAUUUGUAAUCCAGACCCCAAGAAGAUGCAGAUCAUGAUGACAGGCUUCCUUGAUGGUAAGAAUGCCAAGCUUUUCAUGUCGGCGCUGUGGGAGCUGCUAGUGUCUGCCCAGAGCAAUCCUACUGGCAUCCCUAAACUCUUCCUUGAUCAGAAGAAAGAGGAACUUAAGAAGAAAAUGGAAGAAGAAGAGAAGCAGAAGGAGCGUGAGAAGCGCGACCGUGAGCGAGACCGCGAUAGGGACAAGGAGAGGCGGGACAGACGCAGCCGCAGUCGCGACAAAGGCAGUGGCCGCUCGUCUCGUCGUGACCGCUCCUCGUCCCCGGACCAUCGCAAGGACGACCGCCACAGGAAGGACAAGUCCAGCAAGGAAGACCAGCGUAAAGACAGCGGCAAAAAGGACGGCAAGAAGGAAGAAGGCAAAGAGGAAUCUCCUGCAAAACAUGAGGACAAAGAUGACGCCACAGAUCUCAAAUCCAAAGAUACAUCAUCGUCAAAUAAUGGCGACAAAGACGAAGCUUCUGAGAAGCCUGACACCCAAUCACCUGCAAAGCAAGUUGCUAACGGUCACGCUGACGACAGCAAGAAAGACUCUGAUAUCCCGGCAGCGGCGGCCGCUGCAGCUGCCGCCGUGUCUGCAGCAGUCCUCGAAGGGGGGGCCAUAAAAUCACCCCUGAUAGCUACGCCCCCCGUGAUUGGGGCGGCCAUCAAUACCGGCGGCAGCAGCGCUGCUAACGUGGGUAAAGCCUUGUUACCAACGCCCAACAUGGCGCCUCUACUGCCCCUUCCCACUCCGAGCACAAGAUCCAGGGAUGAAAGCAAUAAAUCCCGAGACGAGCGUAAAGAUAGGAGGUCGUCCCCCAGCCGGUCUUCUCGUCACGGCGGUGACCGCACCGCUUCACCAAGAGCCCGCCGCUCGUCGCCAGGUCGUAAGCGCUCGUCGCCUUCCCGCCAGCGUCGAUCACGAUCGCCUCGUCGUCGUCGGUCGCGUAGUCCUCGAACAAAACGGUCGGCCUCUCCUCGCAAAAAGUCGUCACCGCGCCGACGUUCUGGCAGCCCACGCAAACGUUCUCCUUCGCCCCGUAAACGUUCUCCUUCGCCUCGUAAACGUUCUCCAUCGCCUCGUAAACGUUCUCCAUCGCCACGGAAACGUUCUCUGUCACCAAGGAAACGAUCUCCUUCCCCGCAUAAACGUUCUACUUCGGUGCGUAAACGUUCUCCUUCGCCCCGUAAGCGUUCUCCUUCGCCCCGUAAGCGUUAUUCUCCGCCUCGGAAACGUUCGGUUUCCCCGCGCAAGUCUUCACCUCGGAAGCGGUCAUCUUCUCUGCGCCAAAGAUCGCCUUCUCCCAGACGGUCAAAACGAUCGCCCUCCCCUCGUAAGCGGUCACCUUCUCCACGAAGAGGCUCACCAUCCAUAAGAAGAGGAUCUCCUCAACGAAGAGGCUCGUCGCCAGCACGAAGACAUUCACCACCUCUUCGCAGGCGCUCUCCUUCGCCUCGCAGACGCUCAGGAUCGCCCCGUCGGCGUUCUCCGUCGCCACGCAGGCGCAGAGAGCAGGAGCGACGUCACGAGUCUCCUCCCAGGAAGCGGCCUCAUCGAGCUUCCUCCUCUAGCUCAUCGUCAGGUUCUUCUAGAUCACGCUCGAGCUCGGGCAGCAGCUCAAGCAGCAGCAGCAGCAGCGGCGAUGAAGACAAGUUCGAGCUGCGACGCAAGCAAGACUCUGUGCUCAAGAAGCGCCAGUACAGGGCUCACCGUGACCAAAGCAGCUCCGACGAAGACACAGCGGCUCGUCGGGGCGGGCGAGGCGCCAGUGGACCCCGUGGCGUAGUCUCUCACCGCCGCGACCGCCGCUCUUCAGCUUCUCCCCGUCACCGCCAGUCUCCACUGUCACCUCGUCGACGUCGAUCUCCUACUUCUCCUCAUCUUCGUCAGCGCCGCUCGCCAUCUCCUCGUCGUCGCAGGUCUCCACUCUCACCUCGCCCUCGUCGGUCAUCGCCGUCACCUCGUCAGCGUCGAGGUUCGCCGCCCUCGUCCCCGAGACGCGACCAAAGGUCUCCAUCUCCACUCCGACGAAGGCGUUCACCUCCAUCUCCUGGACAACAGCGUCGCCGCCCAUCCGGGUCCCCCCGACGCCCGCCUCCUCUGAUGAGCGUACACACCUCCCCGCCCCCUGGACUGAGGAGACGGAGCCGGUCGCCACGCAACGCAGGGUCUGGAGGCUACCCUCACAGGCGCUCGCGCUCUCCCAUCAGACGUAGCCCGCCACCAUCCAGCAGGGACGGCAAGACCCACAACCUGAACAACGCGAGCCGCCUCAUGGCCCUCGCCAACUACGGCGCCGACACCAUAGAGGAGGUCCGCUCUAAACUGUCGGCUAGUGCCGCCCCUUCUGCUCCCGCCAGGCCUCCCAGCGAUGGAUCAUCCAGCGACUCUGAAGACUCUGGAGCCGAGAAGAGCGUCGCGGCUCCCAAGCGCCGUCGAUCUUCUGCUUCAUCUUCGGCUUCAAAUCAAGCCUCGCCGCCACCUCCACCGCGACGCAAGAAACGCAAAUCCCAAUCCUCGGACUCUGAGGAAGAGGAGGAGGAACAGUCUUCUGACUCGAGUGUCUCUUCUCCGGUCCACAAGAAAGAUAAAAAGAAGAAAAAGAAGCGUAAGAAGAAGGCGGCUCCCAGUUCUUCAGAGUCUGAGGAAUCGGACGCCGAGGAGAAGAAAAAGAAGAAGAAGAAAAAGAAGGAUAAGAAGAAGAAGCACAAGAAGACCAAGAAACAUAAGAAGCAUAAGAAACAACGUAAUGAGGAUUCCAGUGGCGAUGAAGAAGAAGAUGGCGACGGCCCCGGAGCUGAGGAGCUCGAGAGGCGCCUGCGUGAGAAGGCCCUGCGCAGCAUGAAGCGCCAGGAGACCAAAGAAUCGUCUGCUGGAUCUGCGUCGGAUUCUGAUUAAUUCAUUCAAAUUCUUUACUAUCUUUGAUGUACUGUUACACGCAUUAAUGACGGUGAAUGACAUGCUGCGCCGUGCGAUAUUUCCAAUUUAAAACGAAUUAAAAUGAAAAAAUCCCGCUAGAAAUAAAAUUACUGAACAGGUUCUGAACUCGGUAUCGCGCUGCAAUGGUACUAAAGUGAAGGUAUGUUCGAAUUCUUGUGUCGACAAAUAGUCGUUGCGUGCAGGGAUUGGUCUAUUUAAUUGAGCAUUUGUUGCAUAUGCCCGAUUUUACGUUUCCUCUUGCAUAAAAAAAGUGUUCUACGCAUCACAGGUCUCUUUGCAUUAGAUUUCUUCUAUUUUUUGUGUGCUGAACGUAGAGUGCUUUACUUUACUUUCAUGUAGUGAAAAAUUAUCGCGAUAGUUUUCUAAUUCAGUUAUUCGCCGCCGCCCCCCUGCUCUGAAUUCGUGUCAAUAAACUCUGAAGCUA